UCCAGAAAGCUGUAACUGCUCCAUAUUACAAGUCUGGUGUAACAACUGCAGCUGAGUGGUUAACGCUGCGCACAGCUCCUUCACCGUGGGCAGAGUUGGAGUUUGAAAACAUCGUCCUCACCGUACCAUCAGAUGCUAUUCGGGAUCUGGAGCGCCCCGACAAGGUGGCUGCUCUCUGGGAUGAAAUCAUGAGGGCCAUUGCAGAUCUGGCUGCCAAACCACACAAAUUUCCCCGCAAGGAGCGCUUUGUGACAGAUGUGCAGAUUUCUGCCGGCUGGAUGCAUGCAGGUUAUCCUAUCAUGGCACACCAUGCUUCAGCUGCUGAAUUAGUUGGUGUUAAAAAAAGUAAAGAACUGUGGGGUCCCAUCCAUGAGUUGGGACACAACCAACAGAGAAGCUGCUGGGAGUUCCCAUCACACACCACAGAGUGUACAUGCAACCUGUGGUCAGUGUAUGUGAAUGAAGAGGUGCUGGGUCUCAACAGAGCACAGGCUCAUGACGAGUUGCCUUUAGCAAAGCGAAAGAGUCGAGUAGAGAAAUACAUCAAGGGAGGAAGGGAACUCAGUGACUGGAAGCUGUGGGUUGCCCUGGAAACAUAUCUGCAGCUCCAGGAAAAGUUUGGCUGGGAUGCCUUCAAGAAGGUGUUUGCUGCGUACCACCGUAUGAGUGACAUCCCUGAUGACAACAACACAAAGAUGAACCUGUAUGCUGAGACUUUCUCUCAGACUGUGAAGAUGAACCUGACUGGCUUCUUUAAGGCCUGGGGCUGGCCAAUAGAAGCAGCCACUGAAAUGAAAAUGUCCAAGCUGCCUUACUGGAAUGAUCACCCCAUGACCCAGUACAGAUAAACCCAGUGCCACUGCAGACUACAAAAUAUUAAUGUUAGUUUUAAUGAGUGAAACUGUUCUUUUUUGGUCUUUUUUUAAACCACAUUAGUUAAAAAUAAACCAUAUAUGGAAUCUCAUUUUGACCUCAGAUGUUUCUGUACACUACGCCAGCCUCUUGGUUCCUUUGUUUUUUAGGCCUGUUACACAUAGAGCAAAAUUAACCUGUGUAAUUAUUUAGUACGCUCACUGGUGGUGGUUUGUGGUUAUGAUGGUGUUUUUGUGUGGUUUUUAGUGGAACUAGUAAUCAUGUUUUUGUAGUAAGUAUCACUUUAGUAUGUUACAUUAUAUGCAUGACACUUAAUAUGUAAACCAUUCACUGACAAAGUUUCAUGUCUGUAUUACACCAACAGGAUAAGACAGAACUGGAUUAGUUGUUUUCCCAUUGACUGAGAACUGAUACAUAGACUAAAUGACAGUAGUAUAAUGAUCCUAGUAAUCUUGAUUGUUUGUGUAAUUAAGUAAAAGUUUUGUCUAAUAGCAUGGAAUCAAUGCAGUUAAACUUAAAAAAAAAAGAAAGAAUUGAUGCCUACAUUUGUUCUGUUGUUGAAUGAUUGCGUUUGGCUGAACCACAGAUUCUGUGCAGUGAAUCUAAGAACAUUACAUGGACUGCUGGGUUAUAAAGUCAGCUCAAAGUUACGCUUUCUGUUUUACAGUGAACUGUUUAGUGCUGUUAGUGCUAUGUAAUGCUUUUACAUCAUACACUGCUGUUUGGCUGCAGCUGCUCAUGUUAAUGGCUUCUGUCAUUAAAUGUAAGGAGAGCCCCCACCCACAUCCAUCCAUCCUUCCAUCCAUCCAUCCAUCCAUCCGGGCACUUUGCAAUUCUAUGAUUAGAGCGAUGACUGAAAUGAAUUCAGUCUCACAGCAAGAAGGUCCUGAGUUCAAUUCCAUCAUCAGGCCAGGCUAUUUCUGUGUGGAGUUUGCAUGUUCUCCCUGUGUUUGCAUGGGUUCUCUCUGGGGACUGUGGCUUCCUCCCACAGUCCAAAGACAUGCAGUUAGUAGGUUUAAGUUAAUUGGUAACUUGCCCAUAGGUGUGAAUUUGUUUGCAAAUGGUGUUUGCCCUGUGACAGACUGCUGACUUGUCCAGGGUGUACCCUGACUCUUGCCCUCAGACAGCUGGGAUAGGCUGUCUGAGGGCAGUAAAUAACAGUAAAUAAAUAUGACCACUCUAUCCUGUCAAAAGCCUGACGAGCGUCAAGUGACAAUAAUGCUGUAUCUUUAGCAUCAAAUUUCUCAUGAAUUAUAUUUAGAACCCUUCUUAUAUUGUGAAACCCUUGACGUUUUGGCACAAAGCCAUUUUGAUCAUUAUGAACUAAAUGUGAUAUAUAGGGGUCUAAUCUCCUUGCUAAAACUUUACAUAGUAUUUUAGUGUCAACCCCCAUCAGACUUAUUGGUCUAAAUGAUGAACACUCUGCAGGGGGUUUGCCAGGUUUCAGUAUCAAAGUAAUCAUUGCUUGUCUCAGAGUGGGUGAGAGAGCUUCAUUUUGAUACGCUUCUUCAGACAUGUUAAAAAGUGGAAUUAAUAAUUUGUCUUGAAAAGUUUUAUAAAAUUCAAUCGGAAAGCCAUCUGGCCCAGGUGCUUUACCACUGUUAAUGCUUUUGAUAGCCUGUGAUAUCUCUUCAGUAGUUAGACGUCUGUCUAAUUCCUGCUUUGUGUUUUCUGUUAGCGUCUGAAACUGAAGUUGAUCUAAGAAUAUGUCCUGUUCUUCUGAGGUUUGAGCACAUUCUGAUUUAUGCAAUUUUUCAUAAAAUUCUCUAAAGCUGU